CUUCGGACUCCCGUCUUCAUCCAUCUCAUCUUCAUACCUCUACAAACAGCCUCACAACAUGUCGCAGAAUCAACGAGAGGCCUGGGAGCGAGUGCAGCUCAUGCUGCAAAGACGUAAGGGUGGUUUUGGUGGGAUUCCUGGUGGUGGCCGUGGUGGCGGCAUGGGUCUUGCUGGUUUGGUCUUGCUCGGCGUGGGCAGCUGGGCCAUCUCGAACUCACUUUUCAACGUUGAUGGUGGUCACCGUGCUAUCAAGUACUCUCGAUUCAGUGGUGUGAAGAAGGAGAUCUACACUGAAGGAACUCAUUUCCAGAUUCCCUGGGUUGAGACCCCCAUUAUCUACGAUGUCCGCGCGAAGCCGCGCAACAUUGCGUCCUUGACCGGUACCAAGGAUUUGCAGAUGGUCAACAUCACCUGCCGUGUCCUUUCCCGUCCUCGAAUCGACGCCUUGCCGCAGAUCUACCGAACCCUUGGUCAGGACUUUGACGAGCGUGUUCUGCCCUCGAUUGUGAAUGAGGUUCUGAAGAGCGUUGUUGCCCAGUUCAACGCCAGCCAGCUGAUCACCCAGCGUGAGAACGUUGCCCGUCUGGUUCGGGAGAACCUGGCCCGCCGUGCCGCGCGCUUCAACAUUGCUCUUGACGAUGUUUCAUUGACGCACUUGACCUUCUCCCCCGAGUUCACCGCCGCCGUCGAAGCCAAGCAGGUUGCCCAGCAGGACGCCCAGCGUGCCGCAUUCGUUGUUGAUAAGGCCCGUCAGGAGAAGCAGGCUUUCAUCGUGCGCGCCCAGGGUGAGGCUCGCUCGGCCGAGCUGAUUGGUGACGCAAUCAAGAAGAGCAGGAGUUACAUCGAGCUGCGGAAGAUUGAAAACGCCCGCCAGAUUGCGCAAAUCCUGCAGGAGAACGGUGGCAAGAACAAGCUGUACCUGGAUACCCAGGGCUUGGGUCUGAACGUCAACGCGAGUAGCGAGGAUGUCAAAUAAACUACGUUAAUUGGGGCGCACGGGUAGUGGAAUCAUGUACAAAUAGCUUAUUUAGUCGCAUCAAAACGCGGUCUCUUCUCUUCCAAGA